GGAGGCGGUAUUACUCGCUUGAUGGUAUUUGGCCAUGGAAAAUGGCAAGCAGCGAGUCGAGUACGGAGAUCGCGAGCAAGUUGACUGCUGCAUUUGUGACAGUCCCUGACAAAGAAGUUGGUGAAAAAUUAGCCUCAGAUAUUGUUAAACAGAAGUUGGCAGCAUGUGUCAACAUGAUACCAGGUUUGACGUCUGUCUAUGAAUGGGACGGAAAGAUCGAGAAAGACCAAGAAGUGUUAUUAAUGAUCAAGACUAGGAGGUCAAAGAUCGAUGAACUCUCAGAAUAUAUGCGAAAGAACCACCCUUAUGAUGUUGCAGAGGUCAUCAGUCUUCCCAUCGAAAAUGGAAACCUGCCUUAUUUGCAGUGGGUAACUAAAUCUGUACCAGAAUGAGAUGAUAUCUUUCGAUAUCAGGAUAUUCAGGUUCAACA